CCUGGACCGGAUCAGACCGGAUCAGACCGGAUCGGCUUCCCCAGGCUCACCCUUUGUCAGGAGGAGGAGGAUCUGGGAGACAAAAAACUAUUUUUAAAAAAUGGACCCGUCUCAGGGCUGAACUGUGCGCCGCCUCCUCCUGCUCCUCCUUCCUCCUGCUCCCCCUUCACUCCGUCAGCUGGAAACAAACAUGGAGUCCUUCCUCCUCCUCCUUCUCCUCCUCCUCUCUCUGCCGGGUUUGACGCUUUCUGUGAAAGCCAAACAGACGAUACGAAUAAUUUAGAUGUCGCCUCCUUGUGGGAGGAGGAGGAGGAGGAGGAGAGGGGGGAGGGUGAGGAGGAGGAGGAGGAGAGGGACGAGCUCCGGUACAUUAUCUACCGCUCCGUGUUUAAUAAGGUGAUUUCCCGAUCCACGGACUAUAAGAGACUCCUGCUGACCAUAAAGUCUGAGUAUGACGAUGCCAUCAGGGAGCUGCAGCGGAGGGAGGAUGGAGUCCGGGCGGCUCAGCGAACUCAGGCGGCCGCGGCAUCGCAUCCAAAAUCCCUGACUACCUGCCGGAGACGAGCCGACCAGCUGAGGGACAGAAUCUCUGACCUUCAGAGGGAAACAUCCAAACUUCAGGAGGAGAUCAAGAGACAGAAAUCAUCUAAAGAGCAGAGCACAUGGAUACCUGGUUUGACAGUGGCUGAGUCUGAGGAUCCUGAGAUUCUGGACAGACACCUGAAGCAUCUUGAGGCCCAGAGAGCUGCUUUACUGGACAGAAAGAGUCUCUGCGUCUCUCUGGAGGUCAAAGCUGAGCUGGAUGCCAAGCUGCAGAUCGUCAAGUGCCACAGAGACCAGCUGAGCACCGAGAACUACCGACUGAAAGUUCUAUACAAACGUCUGAGGUUUGUGUCCAACCGUCUGUCCAGCUGGGAGGAGGAGGAGGGGCAGCAGGUUACUGUGGAGGAACUGCUGGGUUCCACACUGGAGAACAUCAGACAGACCGGCUUGACGGACGACGACAGUCGCAGCAUUGAUGCUGAGCUGUUUGAGGAGGAAGAGCCGACUGGAGUCAAUGAGUCCGAGCUCCUGACAGAUUACCUGGACAGGUUUAUUGGGCUCUUCCAGUUGGCUCAGUAUGAGGAAGCUGCUCUCAUCGCAGCCAGAUCUCCUCGAGGAGUCCUGAGGAACCUCGACACCAUGGAGAUGUUUAAAGGUGUGACGGCCCCCCCGGGGUCGGUCCCCCCUCUCCUCCUGUUCUUCCAGGCCCUGCUGGUCACCGUCCCGGCCGGUGUUGAACUGUCGGCUCCUCUGUCCCUGCAGUGCGUCCUCGUUGCCCUGCAGCACGGCGCCUCUCAGCUCAUCACCCACGCUGUUACCAACAACAAACUGACCUUCUCUGAGCACCUGGGUGACGUCCUUACUGAGCAUGCUCAGAAAAACCCCAGCUUGGCCGACCUGUGUCUGGCGUUGGCCACAGUUGUCUACGAGGCUUGCGGCCUGGACAGAAAGGUCGCACUGAGCAUGUGCAGGAGAGGCCUCAUCCACAGCGCCGCCGAGUUCAUGACCCACAGCAAGGACCUCACAGCUGAGGACUGUAUUUGGGUUCUGUGUCGCUCGCCCAGCCUCUCCCUCCUCCAGCUGCUGACGGGCCCUCGGUGGGGCCGGGCUGCCUUCUUGUCAGUGGGCAGGGCCUGUUCCAGUCUGCUGUCCGACCCUCAGCAGGGCAAGUUAGCGCUGCAGCUCCUGGACAGCUUCGUGAGCCAAGGACCAGGGGUUUUACAGGACGCUAUCUUGGAGGACGACGGCUCUUCAGUGGAUAUUUGGAUCGACGUUGCAUCUCUGUGCUCUGAGCUAAACCGGGCCGACCUGAGCCAGGCCGUCCUGUCCGUCUUGUUGGACCAGGGCGGGACCAGAGUCCUGUCCCCAGAUCUGGAGGGAGCCCGACUCAUGGAACAUGUCUUCCUGUGAAAACUGAACCUGAAGGUCCUCACACAGGCUCCAGCCUCUGCAGCAGAGGUUUCCCUCCAGAGCACCGCCAGUUUCCCGCCAUCCUUCGUGCC